CCCUACCAAACACCGAAGGAAGGAAGGAAGGAAGGAAGGAAGGUUGGAAGGAAAAUGGCGCACGUUGGCAAGUACGCGGACGAGCUCAUCGCCACGGCGAAGAAAAUUGCGACCCCUGGGAGGGGUAUCCUCGCCGCUGACGAGAGCACGGGCACCAUYGGGAAGAGACUGGCCAGCAUCAACGUGGAGAAUGUKGWAUCCAACAGGAKGGCUCUGAGGGAGCUUCUCUUCACSGCUCCCGGGGCGAUGCAGUACAUCAGCGGYGUCAUUCUGUUCGAGGAGACGCUCUACCAGAAGACGGCAGACGGGAAGCCUUUCGUCGAUCUCCUCAAGGAGGCCGAUGUGGUGCCCGGCAUCAAGGUCGACACCGGCGUUGCGGCCCUGGCAGGCACGAACGGCGAGACCACGACUCAAGGGCACGACGGGUUGGGCGCCAGGUGUGCCAAGUACUACCAGGCGGGCGCGCGGUUCGCCAAGUGGCGCGCCGUCCUGAAGAUUAGCGCGGACGGAUGCCCUACGCCUCUGGCAAUCCAGUCCAACGCGGAUGGGCUGGCCAGGUACGCGUCCAUCUGCCAGGAGAACGGGCUGGUGCCGAUCGUGGAGCCGGAGAUCCUGAUCGACGGCACGCACGACAUCGAGAAGAGCGCGGCGGUAACGGAGAAGGUGCUGGCGGCGGUGUACAAGGCUCUGAGCGACCACCACGUGCUGCUGGAGGGCACCUUGCUGAAGCCGAACAUGGUCACGCCGGGAUCGGACGUUGCGAAGGUGGCGCCGGAGGUCGUGGGAAAAUACACGGUGAGGACGUUGCAGAGGACGGUUCCCGCGGCCGUUCCCGGGAUCAUGUUUCUGUCGGGCGGGCAGAGCGAGGAGGAGGCGACCCUGAAUCUGAACGCGAUGAACGCCUUGGAAGCCACGAAGCCAUGGACGCUGUCCUUCUCGUACGGGAGGGCGCUGCAGGCGAGCACGCUSAAGGCRUGGGGAGGCAAGGUGGAGAACGUUGCGGCGGCCCAGAAGGCGUUCUUUGUGCGCGCCAARGGCAACGGGGAGGCGACGCUCGGCAAAUACAGUGGCGCUCCCGCGRUCGAGGGAGCGUCCGAGAGUCUGCACGUCAAGGACUACAAGUACUGAAGUGUGGGCGGGAUUCAUUACUAAUUAACUGUAUAGGAAAUCUGCAUCGGCGACUUCCAAGCCUCGUAUGAAGGCAGGCGGUUGAUCGCAUAUGCCAUCGUAGAAUAGAACAGUAGGUGAUCCAUAGCCAGACUUUCUCUGCGUUUGCUUCGGAUCGUCUAGGUUAGACUUACGUAGAAUAGCAGGUGUUCCAUGGCCGGAGUUUCUCUGCGUUUCAAUCGCCGGGUGAGAGAGGGUCGUCACAGAGUUUUACGAGGUUGGGUAGGGUAGGGUUAGGUUCAGACCGCUAGGUGUGUGGUUCGUAGAUAGGAAUCUUAGGACGGGAACACUCUCGAAAAGGAAAAGAGAAAAAAAAAAAAAAGGGAAAGAGAAAAAAGGACAUGGACCCUCUCGUCGACAGUCAGUGGCAUCCGUCGUUUGCAUUGUGCAUUUGGUUGAAGUCUUGAAGACGAAUUACAAACAGGCAGUUCGACAUUUUAUUUAUUCCAUUGGGGUUCAAACUUUAACGGUGCCCCUCCCGU